UUCAAAGGAUAUCCUUCAGAAUUCAUCCCCGAUAAUUGACGAGAAAAAAGAGUAAUGUCAGUUGGGGUAGUCUCGAGUUGCUGCUUCCUGUCUUGUUCAAAGCCUUUUUCUCAAGUUCAUGGCUAUCUGAAUUUCCAUGGCUCCAUGUCAAGAUGGAGGCAGAACGGGACUGUAAUCAGAUGUUGUAACAGGAGGGCAUGGGAAAAGUCACGGGCUCAACAGAAUUACUACGAGUUGCUGGGAAUUUCUGCUGAGUCAAAUGCCCGGGAGAUCAAAGAAGCCUAUCGGAAGCUGCAAAAGAAAUAUCAUCCAGAUAUCGCUGGCCAGCAGGGUCAUGAGCAUACGCUGUUGCUGAAUAAGGCUUAUCAAGUGUUGAGGUCAGAGGAUGAAAGAAGGAAGUAUGAUGAAUCGAUCGGUCAGAUGAGACUUAGAUUUGGGGAAAAGAACUCUGCAUCAGGUUACAGCACAUGGAAAGGACCCUUGAGGCCACAAGCUUUAUUUGUUGAUGAGAAUGCAUGCAUAGGAUGCGGAGAGUGCGCGCACUUUGCAAGCAAUACAUUCAUUAUGGAUGAGGCUCUUGGAUCUGCGCGAGUAAAGGUCCAAUAUGGAGAUGAUGACCAAAAUAUUGAGGUAUCGGUGGAGUCAUGCCCAGUGAACUGCAUCCACUGGGUGGAGACAGAAGAGUUGGCAGUGCUAGAGUUCUUGAUACAGCCACAACCAAAGAAAGGGUAUGGUGUAUUUGGAGGAGGUUGGGAAAGGCCUGCAAAUGUCUUCAGCGCAGCUAAGGCUUUCAAUAAACAACUAGAGAGAAAGGCAGCAGCUGGAUACAGUCAAAGCUCAGGUGAAACAACUGUUGAAGAAAGCCCAGCAGAAGCCCAGGCUCGAGCCCAAGCAAGUUUGGAGAUAAAAAUGGGAGGUUUAUUUAAACUAUGGAAGUGGGUGACAGAAACAUUUAGCACCCCUGAUCCAUAGAGAUGAAUUAUGCAGUCUCAUGAGAGAAAUGUAAAAAAUUAUGAACAACCAAAAAUGAAUGUGUAUAACAUAUAAAGAAA